AAGUUGCGUAGGCCGGCCUGCAUCAAAAGUGGACUGAAAGCGCGCGCAGAAAACACAUUUGGAGCCUCGUGUACCGGGAGGGUCUGUUAGAUCAGUCCUCUUGUAGAUAUAUCAGAGUUGGUGCGCUUUCCCCGCUGUCUCUGAGCACAGAAGCUGCCAGGAUCCCACUUGGUUUUCUUGUCUUCUUUCCCCCUUAAAUAAACGACAGAAUGUUCGAGGCACGGCUCGUCCAGGGAUCCAUCCUGAAGAAGGUGCUGGAGGCUCUGAAGGACCUGAUCACCGAGGCCUGUUGGGACGUCAGCUCGUCCGGGAUCUCCCUGCAGAGCAUGGACUCCUCUCACGUCUCCCUGGUGCAGCUCACACUGCGCAGCGACGGCUUCGACUCCUACCGCUGCGACAGAAACCUCGCCAUGGGGGUCAACCUGAGCAGUAUGUCGAAGAUCCUGAAGUGUGCUGGGAAUGAGGACAUAAUCACUUUGCGGGCGGAGGACAACGCAGACUCGCUGGCUCUGGUGUUCGAGACCCUCAAUCAGGAGAAGGUCUCUGACUACGAAAUGAAGCUGAUGGACCUGGAUGUGGAGCAGCUUGGAAUUCCAGAGCAGGAGUACAGCUGUGUGGUGAAAAUGCCUUCAGGCGAAUUUGCCCGGAUCUGCCGAGACCUGUCACAGAUCGGAGAUGCGGUCAUGAUUUCCUGCGCCAAAGAUGGAGUAAAGUUCUCUGCCAGUGGCGAGCUGGGCACGGGCAACAUCAAACUGUCCCAGACCAGCAAUGUGGACAAGGAGGAUGAGGCUGUGACAAUUGAGAUGAAUGAACCAGUGCAGCUGAUUUUUGCUCUGAACUACCUGAACUUCUUCACCAAGGCCACACCCUUGUCUAAAACAGUCACACUCAGCAUGUCCGCAGACAUUCCUCUUGUGGUGGAGUACAAGAUUGCAGAUAUGGGUCACAUCAAGUACUACCUAGCCCCUAAGAUCGAUGAGGAGUCGUCCUAAAUCCAUCCGAAGGGAAACUGAAGGCGCUCCAGCUCUGUGCGUGGAAACCCGCUUGCAUGGCUGCUGGGCUACUUUUACAGAAGUUUUACUCUGCGCUGGUUCACACAUCGACGGAGCCAACAUGACUGACUGUUCAACCCAUGAAGGGAGUCUUGGGAAAGAUAACCGAGCCUGUCUGAUUAUUAGUUUCAGGUUCUGGUUACUUUACCAGAUGCAGUAAUGUGGUGACUGAGGUGUGCUCGGAUGCAGUCUGUUCUCAGUCUUUCAGUUUCACCCUCAUUCCCUUUUCAUUUUUCCCUUUUGCCUCUAAGCACUCGGUUUAUUCCACUCAUUCCAAUAUGUAGAUAAAUGUUUCUGUAAAUAUGCUAAUUGGACUCAUUGUUGCCCUCUAAUAAAAUCUUUUUGUAAUGGUG